GACCCAAAUUGUACGAAUGUCGUGAUUCCUGUGUCGAUCACGGCCAAAAAUGCGUUGGUACCAAUAGAAUUCACUCUCGUUUCCUCGUUCAACAUUGUUGCUCGCCUCGUCAACCACCCGUUCGCAUCUCUUCUGAGGGCCAACUACAACAUAGCCGGAACGUUCUGCGAACCAGCGAUAGAUGUCCCCAAGAAAAGAAAUAAUAUCCAUUUUCUAGCACAUCCAGCAGCUUAUGAUCGCACCUAUGAGAGUUCAGACUGAGUUAAUGGAACGCCCUACAGCUGGGUCUCUUAUGCAUCGAAAUUGGGCUGCCCGACCUUCUUGUUCGGCCAUCUAGGCAACGUCGGCUCCGACCAUCCCAACUCCAUCACUACUGUUCAAUGUACAGUCAAGCAGCAACAGUUCACGAACUGGUCAAAGUGGCCAGAGCAGGAACUUCACGGUAUCCUCGCAGAUUCUGCAACUUCGUCUUCGUAGGGGAAAGCCUGGGGUCGGUCGAUUGGUUGGCAAUUUCGCCAAUGUCGAAUACCCUAACAAUUUCAACUCGACCAUCCUUGGUGGCUUCCGCAAAUUCUGGGCCAAUGCUGUUCCAGGUAUGGACAUUUCCGCUAUCUUUCGAAACUCCCACGACUUGCUGAACCCUUACAUUACAUUCUUGAAGAACUGACUUGUGAUUCUCAAGGCUUUACAGUUACUGCGGCCCUCUUGCC